CUUAGUCCAGUUAGCAAUUUUAAGACUUUGAAUGCAUUUAUUUUUAUGAAAUAUAUCCAUCAAAAUGUUCAUAAGUCUAGGUAAUUUUUAUCCUUACUUUUAGGCGAGGACUGCCCGCACUGCACGAUUUUUAAAUGCUAUUUUAAUGUUGUUUUUUUUUCAGAUAUGGCUCAGGUGUUAAAACCUAACUGUUCCCUUGUGGGUAAAAGUCUUAUUCCUAUAAUAUUGAGAGUUAAAGCCGCAGACGCUGACGUAGAUGUCGUAGAGUUGUCCCGGUUUAAGAAGGACGAACCCCUGGAGAGUUUUUCUAAAGCUGCGUUGAUAGCGGAAUUUGAGAAAUUGACGGGUGAAUCAGUUAAGGAUGUAUCAACUCUGUGUGGAAAGAAUGAUUCUAUUGAGAAUGUGAGAUUACUUGUGCAUGAGAGCAUCAUUUUGGCCAAUUCUUUGGGGGCUAGAGGUCAGAGGUUGAGCAGUCAAAACACUUCACCAACAGAAACGCCAGCGGCUAAAGGAAGUGGUACUAAAGCUGUCCCUGGUGAACCAUGUACUAAUCAGCAGCUGCAAGCCAUGAGGCAGGAUUUAGAUGAAUUAAAGAACAAAUCAAAAGAUAUACAGGUAGAUGAAGCACUAUCUUAUGUUAGGACAUUGGCAGCAAGACCAAAACUUACAACACCGGGAGUAUUGCUUGCGGCCAUCGAAAUGUUGGUUGAUGCAGCUAACAAAGCGAAUCAUAAAGACUGUUCAUUAUUUUCAAAAUCCUUUGCCAUGUGUAAAAAAUUUGAAGAUCAUGAUGAUUUUUGUGGGCUUGUGUUAAAAUUGUUUGGUUCCCAGGAGGACAAGAAGAUUUCCUCCUUAAUUUCAGACUGGGCAAAAUCUAAGAAAUACGAGGAACCAUCAGGGUCAAAGGAGAGGCAGGAAAAAUUAGAUGCACCACCUGCUUCAGCUUCUGGAUUUCCAUUUCCUGGAUAUGGGUUUCAAAAUCCAGGUUUUGGUUUUCCAUAUCCAAAUUUUUAUCCGGGGCCAAACUUUAAUACUGGUGGUUUUCGGCCUCCCAGAAUGCAAGGAAGUAGAGGUAGGGGAGGUUCUAACGGUGUUUGCUACUUUUGCAAGGAGUCAGGACAUUUUAUUGCCAAUUGUCCAAAAAUGAAGAAAGAUAAUUAAUUUUGUGUAUUUUUGUAUUUUGUGUAUUUUGUUUUGUUAUUUUAUUUUAUUUUAUUUUUUGAUACCUUUCCCUUCCCAGGAGCUUCGAUCUCCAGUGAAAUUUUUCACGCGGGUAAGGGUUGAGUGUCUCUCCUUUAAAAUAAUUUGUAAAUACUGAGCAUUUUUUAGAUGUGAAAGGAUAUUUUUUGUUAAUUUCAGAAUAUCAGGGAUCAUGAACCUUUGGUUAAGAAAGAAAAGUUUGAGCCAGAAAUUCCAGAUUGGGAAUUAAAAUCGGGUUUCGAUCCAUCACGAGUUAAAUUAAGAAAGCAAGGUGACAUACUUUCAGUAAAUUAUAAAGGAGAGAUCACCCAACCCUCUGUUUGUUUGCCUAAGGCUGAAGAGGUUGUAAAUGGUAGUGACUUUAAUUUUGAGGAUCUGUCUUUUUUAGAUCCUAAUUUUUUCAAAGCAGGAAAUUUGAUGUAUUGUUCAGAACAAUGGGAGCAAAUAGGUUGUCCUGAUGAAAUUUUGGACUGGAUUAAAAACGGGGUAGAUAUUCAGCCCAUGUUUAAACAUUUUAAGGGAAAUUUUAAGGGGCAUAGUUAUGAUUCAAACCUUCCUCAACCUGUAUAUUUUCAAAACUCUGCUAGUUGUAAAGGAUUUGAGAAAUUUGUCUCUGACACUUUAUUAGAAAGAAUAGCCAAUGGAUCUUUAACUGUACUUGGUAGAGUUGGAGAAUGUGAUCCCCCUUUACUUGUUUUACCUAUCACCAUUGAACCUUCAAAACCCCGUAUGUGCCAUGAUGAAAGAUGCCUGAACUUGUGGAUUAAGGAUCUCCCUUUCUCUUUAGAUACUCUCAAAGAGGUUCCUAGAUUAUUAGAGAAGGAUUCGUUCAUGGCAU